GGUGUCAUGUGUACUAAGUAAUAAAGCGUAGACCUUUUAUGCCAUUAAAACAAAACGUAUGCAGGAAGAGAUCGCAUUCUUAUCAAAAUGAGGAAAUACGGUGUUAUUUUUGCAUUUUUCUCGCUCACACUUUUGGCACUUGUCUUUGAACAAGGAAAUUGUCAAACUCAAAACGAAAAUAGUCAACCAAAAAAUGUAGGUAGCAAACAAAAAAGCGGGAAAGACUGGGCUAGCGAUUGGAAGGACUGGGCUGGAAUAUUUAACGUGGCGGCUAGUGGUGAUAGGCCAGAAUGGUUUCAAAUAGCCGACAGAUACAUGACAAAUCUGAUGGCCAAUAACACUUCUGGUACAGACAAAGGCACCAAAAACAAAGGAGGAUUUCUUUCAAACCUUUUUGGCAGACUCAGCAAACAGGAAAAGAAGAAUAAGAAUAAAUCCAAGGUUGUCACAAUAAAUUGACAGAUUCUUUUGCCAUAAACUCGAAAUAUAUUUGCGACCGGAAAACAUGCGCUGUAUUUCUUGAACGAUAUUGAACUAUGACAUUACAUGUAUUGUGU